AUGGUGAUCAGAAACUUUGAAAUAAUAAAUAUAAUCACCAGCAUUAAAAAAGAAGAUGAUCUUGCCUUUCUAUCCCCUCUCUCAACACAAAAUCCCUGCUUUCGUGAGGACUCUUUUGACUCUUCUAGCUCUUAUGAUUCUUCUAACUCUUCAUCAUCAUCUGCUUCUUGUUGGGAAUCCAAAGAAAAAAAGCUACGCAUAUUAAAAAAAGUUGAAGAUGCUGUUUCUGACUUCAUCAACAAAGAUGAUUAUGCCUCUUUCUGCUGGGAAGAUAUUGUUUUUUAA